AUGCUGGAAAAGCAUUUUGCACGAAGUGAACGGAGCCACGCACAAAUGCAAAGGGAACCAAGCCAAGUCAUGGCUACCCCUGGAACCUGCCGCCUCCUGGAGAAAGGGAUAACAGUAUCUCCUCAGUGGGAAAAUGUGCCUAGAGGAGAAGCAGAUCUUAUGGUGGACUGGGUGGCUGAAGAUGGAGGACAGGAGCUGUCAGCAGAGCCAACCAAAGGGCGGCGUCUGCGCCGUACAGUCAGUGUUCCUUCCGAAGGCCAGUUUUCUGACAUUCCACUGCUGCAAAUCUCAGUAAUGCCCAUAGGCUCAACAAGAUUAGAAGUCCCAGCAGAGAAGUCUCCUCGCAGACGGAGCAUCUCUGGGACCAGCAGCUCAGACAAAACCAGUCCCAUAGAUUCAUCAAACACCUCUCCAUUCAAAGUUCCUGUCACUUACUCUAGUGGCAGUAAAUGCUUCAGUUGCACAUCUGCUGCUGAAAGAGACCAGUGGAUGGAAAACCUACGGAGGGCAGUUCAGCCUAACAAGGACAACUGCCGUCGAGCUGAGAAUAUAUUGCGCCUUUGGAUCAUUGAAGCCAGAGAAUUGGCUUCCAAAAAGAAAUAUUUCUGUGAAUUGUGCCUGGACGAUACUUUAUUUGCCCGCACUACAAGCAAAGCAAGAGCUGACAAUAUCUUCUGGGGCGAGCACUUUGAAUUCUCAGGAUUUCCAUCCAUAAUUAACAUUACUGUCCAUAUCUACGAGGAUGUGGAGAAGAAGAAGAAAAAGGAUAAAAAUAACUAUGUCGGUCUAGUCAAUAUCCCCGUGGCCAGUGUGACUGGCCGUCCAUUUAUGGAAAAGUGGUACCCCAUCAGCACUCCCACUCCCAAUAAAGGCAAGUCUGGAGGACCUUCCAUCCGGAUCAAAUCUCGAUACCAGACCAUCAUCAUCCUGCCCAUGGAGCAAUACAAGGAGUUUGACGAAUUUGUCACUAACAAUUACACCUUGCUGUGCCGUGUGCUAGAGCCUGUGAUCAGUGUUCAGUACAAAGAGGAAAUGGCCUGUGCUUUGGUGCACAUUUUUCAAAGUACCGGCAGAGCCAAGGACUUUUUGACUGAUCUGGUGAUGUCUGAGGUCGAUCGCUGUGGGGACCACGAUGUCCUAAUCUUCAGGGAGAAUACACUUGCCACCAAAUCUGAUGAGGAAUACUUCAAGCUAGUUGGACAGAAGUAUCUGCAUGAUACCCUUGGUGAAUUUAUCAAGGCGCUGUAUGAGUCAGACGAGAAUUGUGAAGUGGAUCCUAGCAAAAGUUCACCCAAUGAUUUGUAUGAUCACCAGUGCAACCUCAAAAUGUGUUGUGAGCUGGUCUUCUGCAAAAUCGUCAACACCUAUUGUGUUUUUCCUCGGGAGCUAAUGGAGGUGUUUGCCUCAUGGAAGCAGCAGUGCCUCAACAGGGGGAAGCAGGAUAUCAGUGAGUGCCUAAUCAGUGCCUUGCUUUUCCUCCGUUUCCUCUGCCCAGCUAUCAUAUCUCAAAGUCUCUUUAACCUCAUGCAAGAGUACCCUGACGACAAUACAUCUCGGGCUCUCACACUAGUUGCAAAGGUUAUCCAAAACCUGGCAAACUUUACACGAUUUGGAAACAAAGAGGAAUACAUUACAUUUAUGAAAGAAUUUCUGGAACACGAGUGGGGAGGCAUGAAACACUUCCUGGAGGAAAUUUCAGAUGCGGACACCAUCUCCAGCACACCAGGAUUCGAAGGAUACAUCGAUCUGGGCAGGGAGAUUGCUGCCUUGCAUUCCCUAUUGUGGAAAGUGGUGUGCCAACUAGAUAAGGGUGAAAAUUCCUUUCUACAGACGACAGUUGAAAAACUCGGUCCUCUCCCACAGACCGUUUUGGACCUCGCCAAAGCUGUAUCAAACCCUACUCCAAUACAACAUCAACUGAGGCGGUUAACAGACCAUAGUUCAAGAUCAAAUGUGAGCCUGUCUUCGGGACUUCAGAAAAUAUUCGAGGACCCCACGGAUGGUGAGAGCAAACUGAUGCCACCAGCCAAGGGCCAGCUGCUGAGGAUCCAGAAUAAAACAUCAAGGAGCGCUGGAUCAUCAGAGCAAGGAGAUGACCCUUGCCAGGUACCAAAUGCGAGGAGCGUGUCUUUGAUGAAUCUACAGGAUCCCAAUGCCCCAUUAGGCUUUCCUGCAUGCACGAUGAAUGACAGCACUCUCAGCGCAACAGGGAGUCACCUAUCAGUCGGGGAGGUGGUUGGCAUUAAAGUGUUCUAUGGCAUGCCACAGAAUGCCCCCCAAAGUAGAGGGCCUGUGAAGCCUCCAAGACUCCACAAACCCCUAUCAUUCCAAAACCCUGUGUAUCAUGGUAAUACUUCCAUGCCCCUUCCUGCACCCGCCCAGCCAAUGCCACCCAGCCUCAUUCCUCCCCAGCAAAUGUCGACCCCCAUUCUAGGCCAUCCAAAGUCCACUGAGUCAGUAGAUUCUAGCCUGGAGAGCAUCAGUGUGACCAGCUCACAGAGUCAACACAGCAGUGAGCUAAAAACGAGUAGCCCUGGCAACAGCAGCACAGAAGACAUCACCAGGCGUAGUGUUAGAAGUGAAGAUCUUUUGCCACAUUGUUCAAAAAUUCAGUCCCCAGUAGAUACCGCCACAUUGUCACCAGUGGAAGGGACAGCUGCCUGGGUCCUCAACAAUGGCCAAUAUGAUGGUGACCAAGAAGAGGCAAAGCAUGCCGAAAAGGAAAAUAUGGAUGAAAUUUACACCUUAAUAGACCAAGUUGGAGAUGCAGUACACUCCCAAAAUGCCCUUGAAAAAUUUUUGAAGGAGUCUGACAAGAGAAUGUUACAGCACGUUGAAUGGUUAAUCAAGGCCCUUCUUUUCACAACAACAGUGACAGAAUAUAGGCAAAAUCAAAAGGACGAGGAGGAGAAUAAGUACAAGAAAUUUGAGGCAAAGGAAUCACAACAUGAUUUGAUCACCAGGACAGAGGAAGAACAAAUAGUCAGAAAUGACACCAUACAUCUUGAAAAUUCAGUGGAGGAGGACUUAAAGAACUUUUCCACCUUACCAGCAAUGGAUCAGCUAGCAAUUACGAAUAGAUUAGAGUAUCUAAGAGAGAAGUUAUUAAAGAUUGGACAGUGCUGCUCAUCCAUGGACCUUAUGGAUUUUACAAGCCCAAUGUCAUUGCCAAAUAUCAACCAUGUGAGUGUAAACACUACUGCUCCUACUACUCUGAAUUUGACACCCAACCAUGACUCUCGUAAAAGGCCCUCAAACCAGAGCUCCCUGUUGCAGCGUGCCAAUGUGAACCCACCAACAGAAAUCUGCCGGCAGGCUUUCAAACCCGCACUCCAUACAACAGACCUGGCUGGCAUGCUGCUGGCCCAUCGGUGUGGCCAACCUAUGCGGGCCGUGCCCUUCACCGGCAACAGGCUUCAGUCCUGCCUUAUCCGGCCAGUGCAGCCGGUUGGGAGGGACAUCCCCCACCAACUUCUACGGCUGGAUGGCCUCAUGAUUAUGUCCAUCCGACAGGUUUAA